CCCUAUCAAAACGCGAAUCUCUUCACCGAUUGGUGGCUUAGGGACUGAUUUUUGAGCUACGAUUGGACCAGCUUGCCGCUGUGGCAGACAGCCAGCGAUCUCAUUGGCUGAUCAUUUCUCCCGAGGAAGAGAGCGGUUGGUGUUUGUACCUGAGGCCUGGGAGGAUCAGGAGCGAGCCUGGCGCAGGGAUCUGGCUGUCACCGGGUGAAGGUAUGGUGUGAACAUGCGUUGCUUGGCAGCUCGGGUCAACUACAAGACGCUUAUUUUUAUCUGCUCUCUCUUCACAUUGGUGACAGUCUUACUUUGGAACAGAUGCUCCUCAAAUGACCACACCUCCAGCCUACCAUGGGGCCCUCAGGAAAUCUUCCGAGCAGAUAGCUUAGAGAAAAGGGCAGUGGCUUCAGAGAGUAAUGCUGCCAAGGGUCUGCCCCGCUCUGAGGAGGCUUCACCACAAGAGCAGCAAAAGGCUCCACCACUAGUGGAGAGCAAAUUGACUAAACCAAAAUAUGAAGAUUUAGACUGUGUGAUCAAUGAGGAUCAGGUUGUGCGAUGCCGGAGAGAGGGGAGUGAGGUGUACAUGCCUUUUUCCUGGGUAGAAAAAUACUUUGAAGUCUAUGGCAAAAUAUCCCAGUACGAUGGCUUUGAUCGUUUUGAGUUUUCCCACAGUUACUCCAAAGUGUAUGCCCAACGUGGACCAUACCAUCCUGACGGUGUCUUCAUGUCUUUUGAAGGAUAUAACGUUGAGGUCAGAGACAGAGUAAAAUGCAUCAGUGGAGUAGAAGGGGUUCCACUAUCCACCCAGUGGGGUCCACAGGGAUACUUCUACCCAAUCCAAAUUGCCCAGUAUGGCUUGAGUCACUACAGCAAAAAUUUAACAGAGAAGCCACCACACGUGGAGGUGUAUGAGAAAGCCGAUGAGAAAGCCGAUGAGAAAAGUGGAGGUGUAACUGGUGAUUGGAAUCUUCCGAAAGGGGCAUCUGUUACCACUGUGUAUGACAAGACCAGAUAUAGCCAUGUAAAGCAUUUUGUAGUUCCAGAUAAUUCAGAGGGUGCAUCACUGACACUGGGAAACACUAAAGACUUUAUAUUGUCUCUUGACCUUAAAUUCUUGACUAAUGGCAGCAUCUCAGUGGUGCUUGAGACCACAGAGAAGAACCAGAUUUUCACUUUACACUACAUCACAAACACACAGCUCAUUGCUUUCCAUAACCACGAUGUCUUUUAUGGGGUGGGAUCCCGACUGACCUGGAGCACACUGACUCGUGAUCUAGUCACAGAUCUGAAAAAGGGGGUGGGUUUGUCAAACACAAAGGCUGUACGACAAACAAAGAUCAUGCCGAAGAAGGUUGUUCGGAUUGUGGUGAAGGGCAACGGGUUUCUUGACAACAUUACGAUUUCAACAACUGCCCACACAGCUGCGUUCUUUUCUGCUAGUGAUUGGCUGGUAAGGAAUCAGGAUGCCAAGGGUGGCUGGCCAAUAAUGGUCACUCGCAAGUUAGGCGAGGGAUUCAAGGCAUUGGAACCAGGAUGGUACUCUGCUAUGGCCCAGGGGCAAGCCAUAUCUACGCUGGUUCGUGCAUACUUGUUGACCAAGGAGCAGCGAUACCUUGACUCUGCACUCAAAGCGACUGCUCCAUUCAAGCUAAAUUCUGAAAAACAUGGGGUGAAAGCUGUGUUCAUGAACAAGUAUGAUUGGUAUGAGGAAUACCCUACCACUCCCAGCUCUUUUGUGUUGAAUGGCUUCAUCUAUGCCUUGCUUGGUCUAUAUGAUCUAAAGGAGACUGCGGAAGAAAAGCAGGGAAAAGAGGCAAGUCUGCUGUUUGAAAGGGGGAUGGAAUCCCUUAGGGCUUUGUUGCCUCUUUAUGACACUGGAUCUGGGAGCAUUUAUGAUUUGAGACACUUUAUGCUGGGGACUGCCCCAAAUCUUGCCCGCUGGGACUAUCACACCACCCACAUUAACCAACUUCAACUCCUUGCUAGUGUGGAUGGCUCUCCAAUCUUUAAAGACUUUGCCCGACGUUGGAAGACCUAUUUAAAGGGAGGCAGAGCAAAGCACAACUAAGACAAGCAUCUGAAACAUAGCCAGAAACCAAAAGCUGCCAGGGUCUGUCCUUUUCUCUCUGGUGUCUGUCAUGCCUGAGGUUCUCAAAUUCUCAUUUAGCUCAAGGUGUGUUAAACAUACUAGUGUUUAUAUUUAAUAUUAGUUCGACUUUGGAAAGUGUGAAAGUGGUUGAAGGAUUUAUAUACAUGUUCCAAAGAGUUGGCUAGAUUUCUCAUCACAGGUCCCUAGUUGAUGUAAAUGUCAUUGAAAGAGCAUUGGAGGUCUCACAAUUUUACGAUAAAAACUGCAGUCCAGUUUGGUCUUGUAAUGGGACAAAAGCUUUUAGUAGUUUUUUUCUUUGUUUUUUAAAUUGCUUUCAGGUGCAGAUAUACUGUGUUGACAAUCAAUAGUAUGUAGUGAAUGAUAAUGUUUCAGUGACACUUUGGAACAAGAUACAUAUUAAAUACACCUUCUCUUUGGGAAUUCUUUCCAUAUUCUAACUAAUAUUAAGAGCAGAAUACUAGGAAUCCUGUCUAAUGCACUUUAAUUCAUCCUACUCUGAUAGGAUUCCUGAUACAAAAUGUCUCCCGGAUUCCAAAGAUUCUGCCCAAUAUGUGUACGCUCCCCUGCUGCUGUGUUUCCCUCUACACAAGGAAGCAUAUCACCCAAGAUCAAAAUAAAAAUACUUAGUUUUAUAUCUGCCGAGAGAAAGAAAGCAAAUUUUUACAGAAAAUAUUUAUUAAAAUAUGUUUGAGAGACAAUACCUGUAGGUGUUUCCCCGAACCAUUGCAAUCACUGCUUCUCUGUAGAUGUACUCAAGAAAGGUCUCUGCUCAACACUGUGAGAACUGUGCUGAUACACAUACAGUUUAUUACUGUGCAAAGAGUGACAUUUUCUUUUAAACAAUUUCCUAUUACUUUGGGCAUGUUGCAUACACUGCAAAGUUUAUUUUGUUUUUUUAUAUGGAUGUUUUAUGGCACCAAACACAUUUUGGACUGUCUUGUGUUUUCCUCCCUUCACAUGUAACUGCUUUCAUUUUAUUAAUCUCAAAUUUCAGUUCUGGUAUUUUAUUUGUGUGACAAGGCAAGUGGUAGUCGUGUGUCAGUGAUGUACCUUCCACCUCUUACUGCAGUUGGAGAUUGGUUGUCCACAAAUCCCAGGGUCCCAAGGGUAGCCGUUGGCUUUAGAGCGUUAAUUUACUAUAUUGCACUUUGGAAUGAGCUUGCUACAUUGGGAAUAGUGAAUAAUUAAUAAGAAGAGACAUUAUCUUCAGGCACUCAUAGUCCAUAUAUAGGAACCCCAAUGUGUUCCAGCUAACCAAAGCUGGUGCCACCUUGGUCCAAUGCUUGACUUAAAGGGUACCUGUCAU